AUGGAUGAACUGUCAGAUGGGGUUAAGGAUGCGAUUUCCCAUUGUAAUGGCAUGGAAGGCGGCUUCGCCACUCUACAAUCCAUGGACUCCUCCAGGUUGGACCCUGGCUGCUCAACGGUUUCAGAGAAAGCUUAUAAAGAAAUGGACUUGCUCUCAAAACUUGAGAGUCGCCCCUGCAACUCUCAACCUAGCAAUGAUACACCAUAUAUCAGUUGCUUUCUGAAAGUUACAUCCGAAUCCAAUCACGGAAAAGAACUCAAGAAGAAGGCCUAUACAUGA